AUGGGAGCAGCACGUGUGAAACGGCGCUUCAGUGCUGUGGUUGAUGGGCCAGUGGAGGAGGAGGAGGUCAUGCGGCUGGCACAGAGUGCCGCAGAUACGGCUGGGGCAGGGGGGAGUCCAACAGGGUCAGCGACCCCAACCAGCCUCUCCCCGACCCACGCCCUAAACGGCAUACCUCUACCACUCCAGAGCAACACCAACAAUGUACGGAGGCAGAGUGCCAUUGGAGUCGGGGGAGAUGCAGGAGAAGGCGGGGUGAGAGCAGGAGGAAUGUGCUCAGGGCUGAGGAGUGCAAGAGGCAGUAGUGUAGGGGGAAGAGGAAAGGUCCGUUCAUCCUCGGACCAGGAAUCGCUCUCUUCCCCCUCCACUACCAAACGCCGGCGAACCAGGCGCUCGAGCCGUAGGCCCCGACAACGCUUUGUGGGCAAGGACGGACGCUGCAACGUCACCUUCGUCAACAUGAGCGAGAGGGGCCAGCGCUACCUCAGCGACCUCUUCACAACCUGUGUGGACAUCCGCUGGCGCUGGAUGCUAGUCAUCUUCACCCUCUCCUUCCUUCUCUCCUGGCUACUCUUUGGAUUUGCCUUCUGGCUCAUUGCCUCCAUGCAUGGGGACUUCUCCAUUAGACUAACCCCCAGCUCAGGUUCCUCUCCGGGAUCAGGAGAAGCCGGAUCGGGAGGAGAGUCUGAUAGAGAGGCAGUGGUAGAGGAGCCAUGCUUCCUCCAAGUGAAUAGCUUCAUGGCAGCCUUUUUAUUCUCAUUGGAGACGCAAACAUCCAUCGGUUACGGCUUCAGAAGUGUGACCGAAGAAUGUCCCCUGGCGGUGAUUGCGGUCAUUUUGCAGUGCAUUGUGGGCUGCAUUAUCGACGCCUUCAUCAUCGGGGCAGUAAUGGCAAAGAUUGCUAAGCCCAAGAAGCGCAACGAGACACUGGUGUUCUCUGAAACAGCUGUGGUAGCAAUGAGGGAUGGGAAACUCUGCAUGAUGUGGAGGGUCGGAAACCUACGCAAGAGCCACCUGGUAGAGGCACAUGUUCGAGCACAACUACUGAAGCCAAGGGUGACAGAAGAGGGAGAGUUCCUUCCGCUGGACAAUAUGGACAUCAACGUGGGUUUUGAUAACGGCACAGACCGCAUCUUCUUGGUCUCGCCAGUGACAAUUGUCCAUGAGAUCGAUGACGAGUCACCCUUCUUUGAGAUCGACAGAAAGACUCUGGAGAAUGAUUCUGAAAUGGAGGUGGUGGUCAUACUCGAGGGCAUGGUGGAGGCCACAGCCAUGACCACACAGUGUCGUAGCUCAUAUCUGGCUUCUGAAAUCCUCUGGGGACACCGAUUCGAACCAGUGCUCUUCGAGAGGAAAGAAUGCUACCAGGUGGACUACUCGUUCUUCCAUCGGACAUAUGAAAUCCCGGACACCCCUUCAUGCAGCGCUAAGGAGUUGCUCGAGCAGAGGUGCAUUCAUGGCUCACGCUCGUCAUUCUGCUAUGAGAACGAAGUGGCUCUGGAGCUAAACUCCCCCGAUAAAGAGUCUGGCAAAGACCCCGAAGUUCCAUCCCCUCCGACCACAAGGCAAUCCCUGGCAGAACAUCUCCACUACAACUGAACCUGUGAGACAGGAGGAUUUAAGGGGAUAGAGGCAGGAAGUUGAUCCAGUGGUUUGAAAGACAGGCAAAUAGAGAGGGUAAGACAGGUAUAGGAAUGGGCAAACCAAGAGAGACAGGAUUAAAAGGAAAUGGGGCCAGUGUAGGGAUAAAUCAUAGGAAGUGGCCUUGUUCACAGCAAUUGGAGAGGAAGGAAAGUCUAGAACAGGAACAAGUUAAGUGAUCCACUAUAAAAUGUUGCAAGACUGAAAUGAGUGCUACUAUACAGAUUAGAUACCUCAGGGACAUGUGAGGAAAUCGACAGAUAGAGAGACAGUGGGAGGUUUUGAGUCACUCUUUUGGGGAGCAGGGUUUCUACACUGGUUUAGUUGUCUGAUUGGUCCUGGCAAUCUUUCAGGAUAAUUGAAAACUUGUCUGCUAAGACUGCAUCUGGCCCAUCACACCACAACACACCCACCUGACUCUACUGCCUGUGGCACAAUAUACAAGAGCACCCCAUGGUGGCUCUACCAUGUAACUGCACCUCCAGUUUGGGGAUCUGCUGACAUUGCUGACCUCUGUUUAAGGUCCUUCUGUAGGAAAUGAAUGGAAGUGUACCUUCUGAGGUACAACUCAGGAAUGUAACCCACUAUGAUGCUGAUUUAUCAUUUAUACUGUUUUAUUUUCAUAUGGUAAGUAUGGAUAGUGUAUAUUUUGUGAGACUUUGAGCUAGGGGGAGCUGUUGGGAAUAUAGUUGACUUAAGGCUACUUGUAGAGCAACAACAUGGACAUGGAGAAACAGCUGAAAAGUAGCAGCAAUUUUGAGCAGUUUCUUUUCCGUGUUAUGUUCUUGUUUGGGGCUUUUUUUCCUAUUUGUAAUGCAAAAAAUGUUCAAUGAUGUAACAUUUGCUUGAGGUCAGAGGAAUUAUUGAGGCUUUCGUCAUUUUCAAACUAAAGCAGUGAGACACAAUAACAGAAGAUGUUGUCCAGUUUAGUUCAUUAUUAUACAUUAUUUCUUGCACCACAGUAUAUUCUCAUGUGUUGCUAAAGUCAACCAGACAGUAUUUUCUUGCUCUAUUACUUUGAAAUGGUAGCAACUGAGCUAAUAUAAUCUUUAUAUUCUCUUGGCAUUUGGGACACCCUCGAUGGUUGAUGUUAAAGUGGUUUCUCUCAUGGACAGGAGGCCUAAAGUCACCUCCAACAGCACUAGGAUAUAGCUGAACUGAGUGGUAGAGUUGAUAUAAAUAAAGCCUCUUUCUAACAUCUGCACAAGUACAUGAGGAUUGAUCUGGACAAUACACCAGAUUCAUAUAAAACUAUUCAGUAUUUUUGUGCCCAUUACAUUAAGGGACACCCUACUCUAAUUCUUGGUUUCUCUCACAAAUUGUGAGACUAGUGUAGUGAGCGGUGCCUUCGUAACAAACCAGAGAUGUUGCAACUGGCCCUUCAUCUGCAGCAGUUGAUGUUAUGUUAAAAUGAAAUGUGCUUAAACCUUAUGUGUGUAUUUGCAUAAAACGUCUUAUGCAUGAGUGUUUUUGCAAUCACUUUGCAGGAUGUUCUGCUCAGUAAUGGAGGAGUCUCAUUAUGAACAUGCACUGAUAACAUAAAGGGACUUUCAGAUGUAUUGUUGGAGAUUACGAUUUAUUUAUUUUUUUGCACUUUGUAGUAAUAUUGCAAACACUUGGAAUGCUCUUGUUUAUUUUAGAUCAUGUAACCACCAGAGUAUUUAAGUAUUUGAUUACAGAAUGUGUUGGUGAAGGUAACUCAGUGUCAGGAGUUAACAUGAUAUUAAAUGUUGACCCAUAAUCAGCCUGUCCAACGCACAUCCUGGCAAAUUGUUUCUUUGCGCAAAAGUAGUGAUCUAUAUGGAGACUUGUUGAAUCAGUCAUUAAACAUCACAGUAGUGUUGCUGGAUCAGCACGUCGACCUGAAUGCAUUGGUCACAAUGUUUCACAAUUAUUAUUGAAAGAUAUUUACCUCAGGGGCGUUUGAGGUGUUUAUAACAUAUUAUCUUUUACGAAUAGUGUUAAUGCUGUUUUAGGUUUGUGUCCUCUCUUAUACUUCUCCUUUAUGGCUUCAUGUUCUAUUUAUAGGAAGCAUGGUGGGUCAUGUCUCUCACCCUGCCUCCACUUGUAACUUGAACUUUCUGCACCAUCACUUUAACUACAAUAGCGCUUUUUCAAAACCCCAGUAACACGUAGGUUAUUUGGGUUAUUUCACUGGUUGAUUAGGAUUCAACUCUCACAGUUCACACUUUUUAUAUCAUAAGUAUGUAUAAUAUACAUUUCUAAUUAAUGAAUAAGAUGAAACCAAUAUAGGCUGUAGCUACCGUUCCUAGGUCAUUUUUAUAAAGAUAAAGGAAAACCUUUCUGAUUCACCACUGAAAUGUAAUUUCAAAACUGCCUCAGGCACGGGACACUUCAUAAAGAAACUGA